AUGGCGCGUCCCAAAACAGUUCGCGCCCCGACAACAGCCAGUCUUCCAAACAACCUCCGCAUUCCCUCGUCGACUCCGUCUCUCACAAAAUCGCUGGGGAAGCUAUCCAGACAAGCACUAUUAGAUCUGGCGUUAUUAUGGCUUGAUGAUCGGAACAUUGCAUCAUUUCCCCCUUACCUACAAUCCGACGAAGGUGGCCCAGACGAUGACGAAGCUCUCCCAUACCCCGCCGAGGAGACAAUUGAAGAAGUCCGCCAAGUAUAUGAAGACCUGCAGGAUCGAAAGGGCGCAAAGCGUGAAGUUCUCGAACGAAUCCUUGAAGGCGAUUGGCGACGUGGGAUUACACUACGCCAACUCGCCAUGGCAGACCUUCGCUACAUGGACGACCACCCCGCUAGUCUUCGAUGGACUGCCCUCGAGCUCAGCCGCCUGGAUACAAAACGGAAGAGCUCCAAGGAACUGCCACCAUCCGGCUGGUCUAGCUCUGUACCGCGGGUGCAAGCGGCAACCUUUGUACAAGGGCUUCAACGCGAAAUCUCCCCAUUGGUCAAAGCGCACUACUACCUCUCACACUCUGAGACUCUGCCGUUGACGUUCCUACGCAUAUUUGUUGUUGACUCGCCAUAUCAAUUGCCGACGCAGGCAGCUGAGAUCUUCACCGACUCGUCGCGAAUCAUCUAUGUCGCUUUCCCGGAUAGUUGUCCUUACGUCUACACUUCUAUCGCAGCAUCCACGGGAUCCAAAACUGCGCCUUCGACAAGUUCCGUGGCUACUGAUACCCGAACUCUCCAGCGCCUGGUGCGCGAUUCUAUUCCUAAAGCUUUGUCUCGACCGCAGGAACGCUUCUCGCUGAAGGCGACAUCUCUAGCAGCAAAGAACCUACCUACUCUCUUAGCUCUUCGAGGACCAGGACGGUCAACAUCAUCCAACGGCGCCUUUAGUAUUUUUGCAGACGCAGCCAUUGAAGGAAGUCCGUUGGAUCCUCGACCUUCCAACACAGUCUCACCUGAAGAGCAUAUACGUGCUAGUUCUUCUGGCAAGACAGAAGACAAAGAAAACCCAAAUGGCUCAAUGAAGAAACGGACAUCCAGUGGACUUGAUCUAGAGCCCCUUUCUCCAGACUCGAAGAAACGCCGUAUGGCCAUUUACUCCCGAUUCGGAUCGUCAGAGUCAUCACUUACACCUGCGCCACUGGACCGUCUUGAUAUCCGCCUCCUUGAUCCCCCGAGCUCCAACGAUGAUCAAAACACGGAAGAUGUCAAUGAGUCUACGUCAGCAGUUCCUGCCGUAUCACUCUCGUUCUCUGGCGCCGAUGUCAUCAGCGGAAUUCGCAAACUUGCCGAGCUCGGCAUAGUUGAUCCUGAGCGUAUGCCAUCUUGGAUGACUGGCGAGGAAGGUAUUAGUGUGACAAACGUUCGACAAGGUUGCCGGAUUCAAAAGGAUACAUAG